ACAUGUAUGACGUGAAGGCUGAACAAGCCCAUCCGAAAUGCUACAAAAACUGACCUGAAUUUUACUCAUUUAGAGUUCACAUUUAUGACGUCAAAUCUCACGUAAGCCCGUCUGGAAACCCGCCAGCCGCAGCCCAUCCUUCAGUUUCUCACGUCUUACCCACCUCGAAACGCGCACUUAACGUUCACAAUUAACACCAACCAAUAAUAUCUCUCCACGUCAUCCACUGCCACUUGUGUCCGGUCAAAGCCCUCUAUUUGGUCCAACCGGUUGACAGUGUUACGCUUCUCGGAUACUGCCACGUGUUCAAGGUAUCUCCCGCCUCGUCAAAAUCUUACCGUUAACACCAAUUUUCUUUCUCUCUCAUUCUCCUCUUCCCCUCAUUUUCUUUCUCUCUCUACUGUAAACUCACCCUCCGCCGAACAACACGAAACAAAGAAGAAACCAAUAAACAGAAAACAAAGGAGCAAAAAUCGCCAUUUUACUUUGCAUUUUCAAUUUAUUGGACAGAAUGGGUAAGCUGAUAUGUGAUUCUACGACGUCGUCUCCGGUCAUUCCAUGGAGAGACCCAACAUCAACCCCCACCGUCGAUCUGCACGAGCAAACAACGCUGCUUCCGCCGCUGCCGGAGACCACCACGUCAUCGAGUUGGGAUGACGUCUCCGGGUUGGAGGAGCAACAGAAAAGGUACCUGAAUAGGCUACAGACAAAAGGGGUUCUUUGGAAACACCCUAAAGAUCCGAACCGGUCGCUGGUGUUCCGGCUGAGCCACGGCGGCGAGGUGGAUUCCGACGGAAACUGCCUGUUCACGGCUACGAGAAAGGCGAUGGGCGGGUAUUUGUCGUCGCUGUCGGCGAAGGAAUUGAGGAGGAGGACGGUGAGGAGAUUCUUGGAGGAUCUUGGAUCUGCCAGCGAUGAGUUAAAGGAGAAGACCGAAACUUUGAUUAAACAUUUGUACAGCCCAGAUCUGAGUGCCGGCUGGGGGGUCCACGUCAUUCAGGAGGUCAAGUUGUUGGCCAAGAAAGAUGAUAGAUUGGGCCUUGAUUCCUCCAUAAACGAGCUACUUCAGCUUGGAAUGCAAAGAGAAUCUGCCGCCGAGUCAAUCUACAAGGAGAGAUGUGUAGCUGUAGAUGACGGUCCAAGCUGGGCCAAGUACAUGUCGAUCUCUGGUUCCCCAGAUGACGAACAUGACAUCAUCACUUUGCAGUACACUGAGGAGGGGUUGUUAACUGUAGAUGAGAAUAGGGAUGGCCGUGCUGCUGCCUUUGGAGAUGAUAUUGCUAUUGAGUGUCUUGCAACAGAGUUUAAAAGAGAAAUUUUUGUGGUAAGUUGGUUUUUUAAGUGUGAUAAAUUGCCUUUUUAUGUCUUCUCUCUGCGGCUGUACUAUCUUUUAGGAUUGAUUCUCCCUGAUUGCUUGAGCAUUUAAUCCAGCUUAGUUUCAAACCUGGUCUGGGCCAUUUUAUGUAAGGAAUGUUUUUGCUUAGGUGUUAUAUUGUAUUACUCGUUAAGGUGUUACCCCUCUUACUGUGUUUUUAUCCUUCCUAUCCUCCUAUAUCCAUUGAAAUUGUUGGAAUGAACAUAUGUGCCAUUGCCUUCUGUCAGCCCCAGUACUUAUUUACUUUGGUGAUUGGGUAAGAUUGAUAAAGGAAGUUUUGAUGAAACAAACGGAUAUUAUAAUGGAGUUAAGGAAUGGAAUCAUCUAAGACUCGGGAACAAAAUGAUAUAUUGCUACAGUGCUUAAAUAAAUAACAUAUUCACUAAAGGAGCAACUUAUUGGUGCGUAUCUAGCCAUCCUAAUGGAACUGCUGGUCGGCAUUCAGAACUGAUUUAUCUAAUCCAUUUGUGUAGUAUUGUAAUAUGUUGAUUGGCUAAGUUGAGAUAUUGUCUCGUUUUACAGGUUCAAGCACAUGGAUCAGAUGCUAUGGUUGAUGAGGAUAAUUGUGUUUUCUUCUUGCCACAUGUACCAAGCAGCGAAAUAUGUGAACCUCCAUUGUUUCUUUUCAUGAAAGGAACAGGUAUGAUGCCAUGAUAUUUAACGGAUCUGUUAACUGGGAAUUUUGAAUCCCAACAAUCGCAAUAGUCUAACUAACACUAUUUGUUGGUGGAAUACUGGUUUUAUCUGAUCAGCUUUCUUAAUCUUAAAUCCUUGGUGUUGUUACAGGAUGGUGCAGUGCUGGUGCUGACCAUUAUGAGCCACUUAUUGCUCAUGCGUCCUCAUUUGUCUCCCAGGAGAAGGUUGCUCUGGUUCUUUAGGCUGUUAGUUUUCUCAUAAGAAGUUUUGUUUCUCAAGAGAAUGAGUUUAGAAUUAGAGAUUUUGAAGAAUGUUUCCUGAUGAAGGCAGCUGAAGGCUGUUUUUCUUCUUGCUGUUGUUGUUUUUGUUGUUGUAAUUGAUUCUUUACUAUGGAACAACGAUAGGGAUAGGGAUGAUGACGAAUGUCCAUUGCACGGCUUGAAUAGCACGUUGACAGUUUAAUAGUCUCAGAGAUUGGAGGGAUUCAAUUUUUUCAUUCUUGCAACAACUUUCAGAAGUCGGAAAUUCUCAGAGUGGAGCCCGACAAAAGCAGAUGUUGUUGCAUCUAUAUCUCCAUUGGAGAAACUUUUGGUAGUCAUUCGGCAUUUUUUGUUGUUAUUAUGAGAUGUUGCAGGUGAGUCUUUUGAGAGUAGCAGUAGUUGAUAGUAGUAGGAUUUGGGACGAGGAGGUGCCCUUGUGUUUUCCUAGGCGGAAAACUCAAAAUUGUACCUUUAUGUUGUAUUGGAUGCACCAAUUAUUUUUUGUACCUUGAAUUGAAGAAAUGAAUUUGUAGGAGCAUUCAUUACGAAGACCAUUAUAACUUCUGUCUUUGAUUAAGUCAUUGCUCAUUGCUCAGCAUUUCUAAUUCCUAAAAGAACAUGUAAAUGGGACAAAAGAUUACCGGGAGAAUAUAUGCGGAAGCAAAGCUGCUGAUAAAUUGUGAAGAUGAGCAGAGGGGUGCAGAUUGCAGAAUGGAAUUUGGCUUCUUGGUCUUGGAUAUUCUCUCAGUAUAAGAGUAAUCUGCUCAAAAGGUCUUUUACAUUUGGUAAAAAACUAAUUUGAUCUUUUACAUUAAAGACUCACUCAUUUGGCC